UUUGAGGGGAAGAUGUCUCAGAAAGCAACAACUCCAGCCUCCUCGCUCGUAGCCCUUCACUCAGACUCACACAAACAGAGCAUCCUGAGCAAAUUCAACAAACUCAGGAAAAGGGAGCUGCUGUGCGACAUCACUCUGGUUGUAGAGGACGUGCACUUCAAGGCGCACAAAGCCCUGCUGGCAGCGAGCAGCGAGUACUUCUCCCUCAUGUUCACGUCCGAGGAUCAGAUCCGUCAGUCCACCUACCGGCUGGACGGCAUGGCGGCGAAGAUGUUUGCUGCAGUGCUGGAGUUCAUCUACAGCGCUCAGGUUUCCGUGGAGGAGGGCGCCACCGAGCAGCUCCUGGCCACGGCUCACCUCAUGGAAGUCAGUGACCUCGUCAAAGUGCUCUCUGAGCUCACAAAGAGGUCAGAGGUCACAGCAUUAAAAACAGACAAAGCCGAGGUGGCAGAUCUGUUGAAAUGCAAAAGAGGACGGCCGAAGAAGAACGUAGUUGCUCCUGAAAUACAGCAGGAAGGUAAAAGUGCAGCAUGUGACAGCUCAGAGGACGUGCAGGCCGGAGAUGAUGGAGAGUCGCAACCUAAAGACGAUGCAGAUUAUGACCCCAGAGCACAUCAGAGCCGCCAGAGCAAACGCAAAGUCAGGCCACCGGUUAAAUAUCAGGGCUACAAGGUGGGCAGUGACACAGCAGCAGGAAGCAAAGAGCCUGGAAAGAGGGGCAGGAGGAGGAAAUACCCAAACGCUGAGGCACGGUGUGAGGACUGUGGAAAGGUGUUCAAGAACCCCCUGUUUUUAAAGAUUCACCAGAGGACUCACACAGGAGAGAAGCCUUUCCAGUGUCUGGUUUGUGGGAAGCGUUUCACCCAGAAGCACACUCUGCUGGCCCACCAGCGAAUGCACACCGGAGAAAAACCGUUCGUCUGCAGCAUCUGCUCCAAAGCGCUUUCCACCAAACACUCCCUGCAGGAGCACAUGAACCUCCAUGAAGGAGAGAAAUCCUUCAACUGUGAUAAAUGUGGAAAGACCUUCACUCAGAAGAAGCAACUUAAAAGCCAUUAUAGAGUUCAUACAGGUAAAUCAUUACCAGAAUGUGCUCAGUGUCAUCACAAGUUUAUGGAUGCAGCUCAACUGAAAAAGCACCUGAGAACUCAUACAGGAGAGAAGCCGUUCACCUGUGAGAUCUGUGGGAAAUGUUUUACAGCCAAGAGCACGCUGCAGACUCACAUCAGAAUUCACAGAGGUGAGAAGCCGUACGUCUGUAACAUCUGCAACAAGUCGUUCUCAGACGCCAGCGCGAGACGACGACAUGUUGCCUCCCACUCGGGCAAGAAACCCUUCACGUGCUCCUUCUGCAGCCUUUCAUUCACCCGCCUGGACAAUCUGAAAACACACACCAAAUCCCACAACAAGGAGAGAGUCACCGCAGCAGAGACCUCGUUGGAUGCAGCGGACGCCUCGGCAGCACCGCAGGAGGAGGUGCGCAACAUCCUGCAGCUGCAGCAGUACCAGCUUCCCCCCAGCUCCGAGCAGGAGAUCCAGCUGGUGGUGACGGGGGACGUGGACAACAUUAACUUUGUGCCGGGUCAGGACCAGGAGAUCAGCCUCAUCAGCGCAGACGGGGAGACGGCACAGUCGACCCACUCCAGACUCACCCUCCUCACCCAGCCAAACGUGGCGCUGGUCGCUCAGGGCGACGUGGUGGACCACACGCCUCAGAUCCACUCCAUCAGCAUGCUGCAGGGCCAGAUGACACACCAGCCGGAGCAGAUGCACGUCAUCACGCUGAGCAAAGAGGCGAUGGAGCAGCUGCAGGCCCACCACGGCCCCCCGCAGCCCCUUCAGAUAGCGCCGCGUCCCGUCCAGCAGCUGCAGGUGAUGCACCAGCCGAUCCAGCAGCUGGCCGUCGCUCCGGAGACCAGGGAGCCGCACAGCCAGGCCAUUCACAUCAGCAGCCAGAGCAGCCAGCCCAUCUCCAUCAGCCAGACCAGCGAGCAGAUCUCCAGCCACCACAUCCAGGGACAAACGUUUCAGAUCCAGGCAGGAACCGUCUCUUACUUGUACACCACGGGGCUGCCGCAGGAGAACUGAGGCUGGACGACUGAGAACAUCAAUCUGAACUGAGAAGAAAUGAGCAAUUUUAAUCAAUCUGUUGCUUUUCUGUUUUUACAUUAUAACGAGGUAAAUGGUUAAAAAGUUGAAAACAUGGCUGUCAUUUUGGACUUAAAGGAAACAUUCAGUUUGACCCAAGAAAAGAGACUGAAACAAGGAACAAAGCAACGUUUACAUGCUGCACUGCAUUUCAAAAGGAAGAUACACGUGUACACUCUACAAUACUGUGAAUUUACUUGACAAUAAAACGCCUCGUCGAACGAAAAAUGA